AUGUCGACUGAAUUAUAUUUAUUAUGCGAGAAGAGAAUAAAGACGUUUGAAAUAAAACUAGAUUACUUUGGAUUAGUUGGUUUAUAUGCAGAAAAUUUUAAACGUUUUUGGGUAUUACACGUCCCGGCAAAUUGCAACAAGUUGCAAAAUUUCUUAUCAACACUCUAUAUCACCAUGGUAACCACAAUGUCUUAUGCCGUAAUAUUAAUAACAUCACUAAUUACUUUAUGUAUUGAUUUUAACGAUAGCAUUGAGACCAUUGAAAUAAAUGCAACGAUUGUAAAAGGUGACAGAAGCUAUAGUUACGUUAUUAAAAGAGGUAAAGCAAGAGUCUCCUAUUAUAACAAUACGUGUGCUACAUUUAAUAUUAUUUUGCAAAGUGGCGACGUGGAAACCAACCCCGGGCCCAAACCCCAAGCAACUAAGUGCAUUAAAUGUAGAGCAACUAUCAGACGAAAUCAAAAGCAGCUCGCCUGUGAAAUGUGUUUUAAUCGAACUCAUGCAAAAUGUGCCGAUACCAACUUGACACAUUCCAUAAUGAAUUGUAUUCCGGUAAAGUGGACAUGUACUGACUGUACACACUUAUUAAUGCCGUUUGCGCGAGAGAAUGAUUUGAAUUCAACUAUUUCAUCAACUAUUUCAGGUGCAACAUACAGCAGUCAUCAACACGCAUUGCAUGAACAUUAUCAAAAAUUGAGAGUACUGCACAUAAACACACAAUCGAUGACAUCUAAUUUUAACGAUUUACUGGUAUUAUUGGAUGACCACCCAUUCGACAUUGUUUGCUUAUCCGAAACAUGGCUAAAAAAUAAUGCUAAUUUAUUGGAAUACGUCCGUAUACCUGGUUACUCAAUGGAAUAUGUGAAUAGAGACCAAAUUCGAGGAGGGGGUGUUGGAAUUUAUGUGAACAGUUUGAUCAAAUAUCGCAUUCGAAAGGAUAUUAAUGAUAUGUACGAAAAUUUAGAGCAUAUAUGGAUCGAGGUAGAUGGCCGAAACAAGCAUAGUAAACUACUUCUUGGGGUCAUAUACCGCUCGGAAAGAAUCAUCUCCUUUUCUGACUGGUUAACUAAAUUUGAAGAUUUGAUAACUUAUAUCCAAACAACAUGGGAUGGCCUGCUACUUAUAACAGGGGACAUAAACAUAAAUCUUCUCAAACCAGAAUGUUGCCAAGUAAGACAUUUCAACAAUAUUUUAUCUGCAUUCAACCUUAAACAGAUAGUAUCAAAGCCAACCAGGAUGACUCCUUUAAGCGCAACAUUGAUCGAUCAUAUGAUAAUUAACAAUAAUACCAAAAUCGCACAUACUGAUGUAUUACCAUGCGAAACUAUUAGUGACCAUGAUGGACCUUACGCUAUCAUCAACAUUAAAUACGAUAAGUUUAAACCUCGAUAUAAAAUGAUAAGAGAUGAAAGGCAGUUUGAUAGGGAAUCUUUUGUGUCGGAUUUCUCAUACCUACCGACAUCAGUUAUAUACGCUAUAGAUGAUCCAGAAGAAAAAGUGGAGAUACUUCACAAGUUCAUGCAAGAUUGCAUUGAUAGACAUGCCCCGUUAAGAAAAACAAAAAUAACAAGACCACCAUCUCCAUGGAUUCAUACUUUAAACAUAAAAAGUGACCAAACGAAGCGAAAUAAACUUCGAAAACUUGCUCAUGAAACUAACGAUCAAAUGAUAUGGAACGAAUUUCGACAACUUAAAAACUCUGUUAAGAAAAAGAUCAAGAAAGCUAAAGUUUCCUUUUAUAGAAAAGCACUUAGUUCUAAAAACUCGAAAGAAGUGUGGAACACUAUCAAUCGAAUUUUACAUCCUCCUUCGAAGCCUCUUCAUUUUGACGCUGAUGGUGUAAACACUUUUUUUGCCGGAACAGCUGAGCGAGUUACUGGAUCAAUUCCAAAAUCUGAAAUUGAUUUAAAGGAAGUACUCCAAACAUUACCACCAUCGACUUCCAAAAUGUUUCAACUCAGACAUGUUAAGUAUGAGGAGGUACUUAAAGAACUUAAAGGACUACGUAACGAUAUAUCAACUGGGUUUGAUGAUAUACCAGUGAAAUAUGUUAAAUUACUAGCAAAUGAAAUUUCUUCUGUUCUAACAUAUAUUAUAAAUACGUGCAUUGAGAAAAAAUGCUUCCCGUGUCAAUGGAAAGUGGCAAGAGUCGCACCUAUUCCAAAAUAUUUGAACGUCUUAUCCUUACACAAAUGA